AUGGCCUCGCCGCCAGCCCAGAGACCAUCCCAUGUCGAGCAGAUCAUCAGAGAAGGAUAUGCAAAGUACUUUGAAGGACAAAUAGUUUUCCUAACGGGAAGUACCGGUUCAUUAGGAGGAUGUCUACUAUACAAAUUAGCACUUCAGUUACCGACACGCAGGAUAUACGCUUUGAUUCGCGGGACACCAGACGAAGCGAUUGCGAAAUGGAAACGAGCCAUGCCGAAUCAUACACAGGCCAUCCUCGCCUCGAAAAAGGUGGACUUCAUCAUCGGCGACAUCAAAGCAGUCGACUUUGGCAUUCAACCCUCAGUCUUAGAAAAGCUACGAAAUGAGGUUACCCUGGCCAUCCAUACAGCCGCCAAAAUCACCCUCGAUGCCAAUCUCCACGAUGCGAUUGAGAAUAACUGUCUCCCAUCACUGGAAAUGGCCCGCAUCGCCUCCCACUUCCGCCGACUAAAACUAUUGAUUCAAAUUUCCACCGCCUACAUCAACAGCUUCCUACCCGAUGGACCCGUUCUUGAGCGACCAUACACACUCUCCGACCAAGACCCGGAGGAAGAACUAGCAUCCGCGCUGUCCCUAGAUCAAUCCCCUUAUACGGGUCGCUUCGCCUCGACCUACGCCCAGGCCAAGUACCUCAUGGAACGACUCCUGCCCACGCGCUACCCGCUUCUACCGAUCUUACUACUUCGCCCGACGAUCUUCGGCCAGGCCCUCCGCCACCCCUACCCGCUGUACGGCCUGGAGAACUCGACGCCUAUGAGCAAAUUCUUCCAAUAUUUCAUGGCCGAUCGGGGCGCCACGCAGGUCUGGCAUGCCGCAGAGGGAUAUAAGACCGGUGCGAAUAUCCUGGAUGAGAUUCCAGUGGACUUUGUCGCGAAUGCAUGUCUACUACACGCUGCGGCGCGCACGACGGGGAUUGUCCAGAUUGGCUCGGAGUUGUAUCAACCGUUGACGUUUGAUGAGUAUCUGGAUAUUGCUGUUUCGAAUGCGCCGCCGGCUAUUCGUCGUGACUUGCCUCGGGUAGUCUUUACUGAAGACCGGAGUGCGCCGCAAUGUUUCUUGGCUGAGUUGGUGCAGGUUGCGUCUCGGAAUUGGUUGUUUGAUUGUGGUCGGUCUUAUUGGAUGAAACAAGUUGGUGGUCCGCUGAGUUUGCGUGCGGAUAAGUGGGAGAUUGAGGAGGUGAAUAAGAAGCGGAUUCAACAGAUUUACAAGCGGGCUGUGGAGAGGGUUGAGAGGGCUCGGAUGUAA